AUGUACGACCAAGAUAGACUUGCUCAGCUUGUUCAAGACGCACAGCGAUUCAUUAUGUACCACAAAGGCGCAAUCGAGGGUUACCCUCUUCAGACUUAUGCAUCCGCUCUCCUGUUCAGUCCGACAGGCAGUCUGAUCAGACAGCUGUUCGAGCACGAAGAGCCAGAAGCAAUCAGCAUUAGGCCAGCUCUGGACGACGAGUGGAGCGCGUGUCUGCAGACGCUCGAGGGCCAUAGCAGUGUUGUCACCUCGGUGGCCUUCUCGCACGACUCGACCCGGCUGGCGUCGGCGUCCCACGAAAGGACCGUCAAGAUCUGGGAUGCGAGCAGCGGCGUAUGUCUGCACACGCUCGAGGGCCAUAGUAGGGAGGUCAGCUUGGUGGCCUUCUCGCACGACUCGACGCGGCUGGCGUCGGCGUCCUGGGACAGGACCGUCAAGGUCUGGGAUGCGAGCAGCGGCGCGUGUCUGCACACGCUCGAGGGUCAUAGCGAUUAUGUCACCUCGGUGGCCUUCUCGCGCGACUCGACCCGGCUGGCGUCGGCUUCUCACGACAGGACCGUCAAGGUCUGGGAUGCGAGCAGCGACGCGUGUCUGCAGACGCUUGAGGGCCAUAGCAGGGAGGUCAGCUCGGUGGCCUUCUCGCACGACUCGACGCGGCUGGCGUCGGCAUCCUGGGACAGGACCGUCAAGGUCUGGGAUGCGAGCAGCGGCGCGUGUCUGCAGACGCUUGACGUUGGCAGGGCCCUCCACGACUUGUCUUUUGAUCAUAAUGGUUCUCGCCUCACCACUGAAAUAGGCACUAUCGUUGUUCAGAGCACAGAGGCUUCUAGUAUGAUAGAUCUUGCAGAAUCUGCCCGCCCUACAUGCCCAGGCACUAGCUUUAGCUCAGACGGCAUAUGGAUCCAGCAUGCUGGUAACAACAUGCUAUGGGUACCAUCAGAGUAUCGGCCGUCGCGUUCGUCUGUGUGUGGGACUACAGUGGGUGUAGGUACUGGGUCUGGAAGAGUGUGGAUUUGUAGUAUAGACCCUUAG